AUGCGGAUCCAAGGUGUGGACUGCAUGGACUCUGAGACCCUUCUCGUUCCUGAACUUCUAACCGAAAACACUGAGACCCUCCAACAGAAGAAGCUGGAGAUUCUGUGCCUUGACCCUGGAAUUAGCUUUGAAGCGGGUUCCCAGGCCUGGCAGCAGUCGGUAGCUUCGACCUUGGACACUUACCUCGUCAUCGAAGACCUCAGUCCUGGGAGUCCUUAUCAGUUCAGAGUCAGCGCCAGUAACCCCUGGGGGAUCAGCCUUCCCAGCGAGCCCUCAGAGUUUGUGCGACUCCCGGAGUACGGUGAGUGCCGGCCACGCCCGGCAGCCCAGGGGGAGGCAAGGCGCCUGGCCAGCUGCCACACAGUCAUCGGUGCCAGCCACCACGCGGGAGGUAACCUGGAUGGGCCAGUGGCUUCAGUCAAAGGCCGUUUCUCCAUAGUAAAGAAGUGCAUUCACAAAGCUACGCGCAAGGAUGUCGCUGUGAAAUUUGUUAGCAAAAAAAUGAAGAAAAAGGAGCAGGCUGCCCACGAGGCGGCCCUGCUUCAGCACCUGCAGCACCCCCAGUACAUCACUCUCCAUGACACCUAUGAGUCUCCCACGUCGUACAUCCUGAUUUUGGAACUGAUGGAUGAUGGCCGGCUCUUAGACUACCUUAUGCAUCACGAUGAGCUGAUGGAAGAGAAAGUAGCUUUCUACAUCCGAGACAUCAUAGAAGCCCUGCAGUAUCUUCACAACUGCAGGGUUGCCCAUCUGGACAUCAAGCCUGAAAACCUGCUCAUUGACCUUCGCAUCCCAGUACCUCGAGUGAAGCUCAUUGACCUGGAGGAUGCCGUCCAGAUCUCGGGGCACUUCCACAUCCACCAUCUGCUGGGGAACCCCGAGUUUGCUGCACCAGAAGUGAUCCAAGGCAUCCCCGUCUCCCUGGGGACAGACAUCUGGAGCAUCGGGGUGUUGACAUAUGUCAUGCUGAGUGGGGUGUCCCCCUUCUUGGAUGAGAGUAAAGAGGAGACAUGUAUCAAUGUGUGCAGGGUGGACUUCAGCUUCCCGCACGAGUACUUCUGUGACGUGAGCAAUGCCGCCAGAGACUUCAUCAACGUGACCCUGCAGGAGGACUUCCGGAGGAGGCCCACGGCUGCCACCUGCCUGCAGCACCCCUGGCUGCAGCCCCACAAUGGUAGCUACUCCAAGAUCCCCCUGGACACCUCCCGCCUGGCUUGCUUCAUAGAACGCCGCAAGCAUCAGAACGACGUGCGGCCUGUCCCCAACGUCAAGAGCUACAUCAUCAACCGGGUAAACCAAGGGACGUAGCCAUCUCCUAGCCCUUGGGGUUUCACAUGGAAGUGCAGUGUGAACCAAAGCAAGACUGAAUGUCUGUAAAUAAUUCUGUCAGUUCACUCCAUGCAGUUCUCUGGAUCGAGACAUGUACCUCUUAAACCUCAUCAGUGGUUAUUCAGGGUCUGGGCAGCUGUGAAAUUACCCUAAAUCCAGGGGCUUUUCAGAAGGUCAUUUGAAAGAGGUAAAGAUGCAAAGAGUCACCCAAAGCAUUAAAGAGAAGGCCAAGGAGAACAGGAAUAUUAGCUGUUUGACAACUUUAAUAGUGUGUUCCAGAACAAGUGGGUAAAUGGGCAAACCCAAAGCUCACUGUAGUGAGUAUAAAAGGUUUCUAACUCUGCUGAAAUUUUAAGCAAAAAGUUCUAUUUAACAGAGACAUCGUGUAUGCCGACUAUUCUGGUUUAGAUUACUCAGAUAUAGUUUCUUAAUAGGAUACAUAUACACAUACAGUAAAAUAUAUCCCAUUCAGGUUUCAGAGUUUUAUAAUAUAGAGGUAUAUAUGAAAUCAAUCAUAAGUAUCUUUGAGUGCUCCAGUUAAGACAGUAAUUAAUUUACCGAAACAUUACAUUGUUUUGACUAAGCACAAUUAGAUGACAAGUUUUUUAGAGCAUUUUAUAAACCUUGUAUAGAAAUCUUU